AUAGUAAGUAUACUCUUGUUGGUUGCUUCGCUUACAAAUGCAUUUACGCGUAUGUGAUUAUUACAUUUGUCAGUAAAUUCGUGUGUGUUGUACAUACAUACAUGCAUACGUAUAUUUUUUUACGGUGCGUGUAUGUACGUAUAUGUACGCAUAUCUCUGUAAGGGUUUUUCAUAAUCGAAAUACAGUUUCUUAUCGCGAUGUAAUCUAGUGCUUGUUGCAUUAAGUAUCAGAUUUUUGUCCUUUAAAAUUACCAGUUAAACCGUUAACAAUUUAUAUCAAAAUGAGCGGGGAAGAAAUUAUUGAUUUUACUACUUUAGAACCAGAAAUUCAAGUUUUGGUGAAGAAGAGCACAACAGCUCGCGAAUAUUCUUAUUCACCCUAUAGUAAGUUUAAAGUUGGAGCUGCAAUACUUUGUACCGAUGGGACCACUUUCACAGGCUGCAAUGUAGAGAAUGCAUCUUAUCCUGUUGGAACGUGUGCUGAAAGAACUGCUAUUGUAAAAGCAGUGUCAGAAGGAAAACGAAAAUUCAAAGCGUUAGCAGUAGUAGCUGAUAAAGAACAGAAUACUUUUGCCACUCCGUGUGGCUUCUGUAGGCAAGCUAUCGUAGAGUUUGGUGAUAUACAAAUUUAUUUGGUAGGGCCUGACAUGAAAAAUGUAUUAAAAACUUCAAUCAGCAAGCUAUUACCUCGUGCCUUUGGCUUUGGAAAUGCAGAAAUAUUACAAUAAAUAAUUUCUAAAGUAUGUUUUUAUACGAUUCAAUAGCUCUGAAAUAAAAUAAUUUAUUUGUA